GGCAGCUGAGACAGACCGACAGACAGCAGCCCGAGUCCCGUUAGUCCCGGAACCACCGGAACCACCGGGAGAACCAGAGCAGAGCAGCAGCAGAGCAGCAGCAGAGCAGCAGCAUGCCCAACAAGAGCAAGAAGGAAACGGCUAAAUGUGCUAAAAGCAGCAUGAAGAACAGCAACAGCGGCGCUGGGGGCGGGAAAGAUGCUGCUGCAGAGAACUCAGACGAGUCCCAGCAGCAGCAGAGCGGCAGCAAGCGUCCCAGUAACAGCACGCCUCCUCCCACUCAGCUCAACAAGAUCAAAUACUCUGGAGGUCCUCAGCUGGUGAAGAAGGAGCGCCGUCAGAGCUCCUCCCGCUUCAGCCUCACCAAGAACCGGGAGCUGCAGAAGCUACCUGCUCUCAAAGGUGUACUCCCCCUGAUGGAGCGGGAGGAGCUGUUCGUCCAGAAGCUACGUCAGUGCUGCGUCCUGUUCGACUUCAUCAGCGACCCGCUCAGCGACCUCAAGUACAAAGAGGUGAAGAGGGCGGGACUCAACGAGAUGGUGGAGUACAUCACCCACAGCAGUGAGGUGGUGACGGAGAACAUCUACCCCGAGGCUGUGUUCAUGUUUUCAGUGAACUUGUUCCGGACUCUUCCUCCUUCCUCCAACCCGACCGGAGCCGAGUUCGACCCUGAAGAGGACGAACCGACGCUGGAGGCAGCCUGGCCUCACCUGCAGCUCGUCUACGAGUUCUUCCUCCGGUUCCUCGAGUCUCCGGACUUCACACCAAACGUGGCCAAGAAACACAUCGACCAGAAGUUUGUGAUGUCGCUGUUGGAGCUGUUUGACAGUGAGGACCCCAGAGAGAGGGACUUCCUGAAGACCAUCCUCCACCGCAUCUACGGAAAGUUCCUCGGCCUCCGAGCCUACAUCCGCCGCCAGAUCAAUAACAUCUUCUACAGAUUCAUCUAUGAGACUGAACAUCACAACGGCAUCGCUGAGCUGCUGGAGAUCCUGGGGAGCAUCAUCAACGGCUUCGCUCUCCCUCUGAAAGAAGAACACAAGAUGUUUCUGAUCAGGGUUCUGCUGCCGCUUCAUAAAGUCAAGUCUCUCAGCGUCUACCACCCACAGCUGGCGUACUGUGUGGUCCAGUUCCUGGAGAAGGACAGCAGUCUGACGGAGCCGGUGAUCAUGGGCCUGCUGAAGUUCUGGCCCAAGACUCACAGUCCCAAAGAGGUGAUGUUCCUGAAUGAGCUGGAGGAGAUCCUGGACGUCAUCGAGCCCUCCGAGUUCGUCAAGGUCCAGGAGCCGCUCUUCAGACAGCUGGCCAAGUGUGUGUCCAGCCCACACUUCCAGGUGGCAGAGCGGGCUCUGUAUUACUGGAACAACGAGUACAUCAUGAGUCUGAUCAGUGACAACGCGGCUAAGAUCCUCCCCAUCAUGUUCCCGGCCCUCUACAAGAACUCCAAGAGCCACUGGAACAAGACGAUCCACGGUCUGAUCUACAACGCUCUGAAGCUCUUCAUGGAGAUGAACCAGAAACUGUUUGAUGACUGCACGCAGCAGUACAAGGCCGAGAAGCAGAAGGAGAAAUAUAAGCUGAAGGAGAGGGAGGAGAUCUGGACCAAGAUAGAGGUCUUAGCCAGACAGAACCCACAGAGCAAUAAGCUCCACCCACUCCGCCCAGGACUCCACCCACAGGAAGAGUACAUGUUGUACAGUGAUAGUACUGUGGCCGUGUACUCCAUGGAGACAGAGACUCCAACAGCUGAAGACAUCCAGCUGCUGAAGAAGACGGUGGAGAGUGAGGCCUCACAGGGUCUGAAGGACCUGAAGAAGGAGAAGGUCCUGAUGAGGAGGAAGUCGGAGCUUCCUCAGGACGUCUACACCAUCAAAGCUCUGGAGGCUCACAAGAGGGCCGAGGAGUACCUGACAGCCAAUCAGGAAGCUCUCUGACCGGAGGGGGCGGUCCCUUCUGAGCCGGACUCUCUGAUUGGAGGAAGUAGACACUGUCUGAAAACACAGAAAAACAAAGCUCUCACCUCUGACCCCUGGUGGCCGAGAUCAAGUAGGACACGUUAGACGUCUGUCAGCGUCAUGUGACCGUGACAUCACCGUCAUGUGACCGUGACAUCACCGCCAACACCUGCAUCCCUGUUCAACCAGGUGACCUGAAGGUAGACUCGGCCACUGGAAGACAGAAGGUCCCUGAACGCGUCACCGACGGGCCUUUUCCACUCCAGAAACGUAGCGAGCUGUGAACGAAUGUUCUGCUUGGGUUCCUCGGUUUAAAGAACCAAUCCGUCCAGAACUCUACAACGAUUCUAGUUUCUUAAAAAAGUGAAACUCUCCUUUGAUGAAACAGUGAUGAAUAGCUGUUUACCUUCAAACUACAAACUGAACCAGACCGAACCAAACUGAACCAGACCGAACCAGACUGAACAAACGUGAACCAGACUGAACCGGACCGAACCGAACCAGACCGAACCAAACUGAACCAGACAGAACCAGACUGAACUAGACCGAACCAGAGUGAACCGAACCAAACCGAACCAGACUGAACCAAACUGAACCAAACUGAACCAGACUGAACCAAACUGAACCAAACUGAACCAGACUGAACCAGACUGAACCAGACUGAACCAAACUGAACCAGACUGAACCAGACUGAACCAGACUGAACCAAACUGAACCAGACUGAACCAAACUGAACCAGACUGAACUAGACCGAACCAAACUGAACCAAACUGAACUAGACUGAACUAGACCGAACCAGAGUGAACCGAACCAAACUGAACCAGACUGAACCAAACUGAACCAAACUGAACCAGACUGAACCAAACUGAACCAGACUGAACUAGACCGAACCAGACUGAACCGAACCAAACUGAACCAAACUGAACCAGACUGAACCAAACUGAACCAAACUGAACCAGACUGAACCAAACUGAACCAGACUGAACUAGACCGAACCAGACUGAACCGAACCAAACUGAACCAGACUGAACCUGACUGAACCAGACCGAUUCGUCCCAGAGGAUGGAGGUCCUGACAAAUCCGACAGGGAGGUGAAACAGGAAACCUCUCUGAUCCAUCACUUUAGAUACCAGUCAGUUCAGGUAACGUUCAGGUAACGUUCAGGUAACGUUCAGGUAACGUUCAGGUAACGUUCAGGUAACGUUCAGGUAACGUUGGUAUUUACACAAUCACCCCAGACUUCUGUUUGUUUUCUGCUUCAGGAGGAACCAUGAACAGAAAAAACACGUUUACAAGCUGCAUGUAAACACAGAAGAUCGAUAUCAGCUCCAGAACCUUCCUGGUUCUGAUCCCGGUCCUGGUUCUGGUCCCGGUCCUGGUUCUGAUCCUGGUCCUGGUUCUGGUCCUGGUUCUGGUCCCGGUCCCGGUCCUGGUUCUGUUCGUUAAGUUCCUGCUGUGGAAAAGAGCUCCAACACAUCACCUCGUCUUCCCCGUGACACGUGAACGCAGCUUCACUCAGAGCCCCGCCCCCUUCCACCUGACCCGACCAAUCACCUGUCAGCACGGAUCUGUGGUGAUGAUGAUGGUGAUGAUGAUGAUGAUGAUGCUGGUUUCUGUUCAGUCGCUGCUCAACGCCUCGUUAUCCGCUGUCAAUCAAUCAAAGAGCAUUCCAGUGGUGGAUAAGCCCCGCCCUCCUCCCUGUGUCUCUCUGUCUGUCUCUCUCUCUGUCUCUCUCUCUGUCUCUCUCUGUCUCUCUCUUUCUGUCUCUCUAUAUCUCUCUGUCUCUCUCUCUCUCUGUCUCUCUCUCUGUCUCUCUCUCUCUCUCUGUCUCUCUGUCUGUCCCUCUGUCUCUCUCUCUCUCUCUGUCUCUCUCUCUUGCCAUUGGACAAGAUGGCCGCCCCGUCUCAGCGUUCACAACUUCCUUCCAGAUGUCUUUAAUUGUAGUUUUAAAGUGUUGGAUGUUUACAUGAAAUCAGAUGAAUCGUUCAGUUCAGAGAUUGUCCACCAGAGAGCGCUGACAGCUAAUAAUAAUAAUAAUAAUAAUGAUGAUAUUAAUAUCUGUCACAAUAACACUACUGUUUGUCGUUUCCUGUUUGUGUUGAGACGUUUCAAGAGGACGAUCAGAGAUGCUCAGGUUUCUGAUGCUCUCUGAGUCCUCAAACUACACACGACUCGUUUGACCCACAAACUGACCUCUGAUCAGGUUUAGCCUUUAAAUGGUGGACAGGAAGUGAAACACGGAGUGAGAGAACAGGAACCAACAGAACGUUCUCUGGCUCUAGAACUGAACGCUGCUUCCCCUCAUCUACAUACGAUGUACUUCAUUAGAGCAGUACACAGAGUCAAAGUACCAUUUUGUACAGACGUUCGUGUACAGAACAAAGUAUAAUGAAAUAAAGGGGA